UCUGCACCCAACUGCGGAGUUGGCAAGUUAAGUUUCUGAUAAAAUACAAAUUUGUGACUCAUUGCCGGCGAAGUGUGGUACAAUUGGUCUACAUUAAACGCGUCAAUACGAUUUACGCUCGACCACGAAUAUUAAAUAACGCGAAGAAGUGUUAAACCAGUGCAACUAGUGACCCAAAAUUAAAAUGUGUGGAAUAUUUGCUUAUCUAAAUUACCUUACCCCUAAGUCUCGUCACGAAGUUUUGGACUUGCUUCUAAAUGGAUUAAAACGUUUGGAAUAUCGUGGCUACGAUUCAACAGGUGUGGCAAUAGAUUCACCGCAAGCCAAUGAUAUUGUAAUGGUGAAGCGUUGCGGAAAAGUAAAGGUUCUAGAGGAUGCCAUAGCUGAACAUUUUAGUGGUAAAGAAUAUGAUGAACCCGUGAUGACACAUGUCGGUAUAGCGCAUACGCGUUGGGCUACCCAUGGUGUACCAUGUGAAACUAACUCUCAUCCACAACGAUCAGACGAUGAGAAUAGCUUCGUUGUAGUUCACAAUGGCAUCGUUACCAAUUAUAAAGAUGUAAAAACAUUUUUGGAGAAGCGGGGGUACAUUUUUGAAUCAGACACCGAUACAGAAGUCAUAGCUAAACUGGUGCAUCACCUGUGGAAGAAGCAUCCAGGAUAUUCGUUUAGAGAACUUGUGGAGCAAGUGAUUCAACAACUGGAGGGUGCCUUUGCAAUUGCAAUUAAGUCAAAGCACUUCCCUGGAGAAUGCGUGGCUUCCAGACGUGGUUCACCACUACUUGUUGGUAUUAAAACGAAGACCCGCUUAUCCACUGAUCAUAUUCCUAUUUUAUAUGGCAAAGACGAAAAGUCACCGCAAACUUGUGAAAAAGACACCGAGGCACCCAAGACGAAAGAACAUCGUCCACAUGGACAAACUCGUGAAUUGGCAGUGUUGCCACGCACAGAGAGUACAUCCGAAUUUAUGCCAUUGGAGGAAAAGGAGGUUGAGUACUUCUUCGCAUCGGAUGCUUCAGCUGUUAUUGAACACACGAAUCGAGUAAUUUAUUUAGAGGAUGAUGAUGUCGCCGCUGUUCGCGAUGGAACACUGAGCAUCCACCGUUUGAAAAAAUGUCUAGAUGAUCCACAUGCACGUGAAAUUACAACUUUAAAAAUGGAAAUCCAACAGAUCAUGAAGGGCAACUACGAUUAUUUCAUGUUGAAAGAAAUUUUCGAGCAGCCCGAAUCAGUGGUCAACACCAUGCGUGGGCGCGUACGUUUUGAUUCCAAAUCUAUAGUACUGGGAGGUAUUAAAGACUUCAUACCAGAAAUUAAACGUUGUCGUCGGCUAAUGUUGAUUGGUUGCGGCACAUCAUAUCACAGCGCCGUCGCCACUCGACAAUUACUCGAAGAGCUCACGGAAUUGCCAGUUAUGGUUGAACUGGCGUCCGAUUUCCUCGAUCGCAAUACACCCAUAUUCCGUGAUGACGUCUGUUUCUUUAUUUCGCAGUCAGGUGAGACUGCCGACUCUCUGAUGGCCUUGAGAUACUGUAAACAACGAGGUGCUCUCAUUGUCGGUAUAACUAAUACAGUCGGAAGUAGUAUAUGUCGUGAAUCUCACUGUGGCGUUCACAUUAAUGCUGGACCUGAAAUUGGUGUUGCCUCAACCAAGGCUUAUACUUCACAAUUCAUUUCAUUAGUGAUGUUCGCUCUUGUUAUGUCUGAAGAUCGACUUUCGUUGCAGCAACGUCGUUUGGAAAUCAUACAGGCAUUAUACGAGCUCCCAGAUCGUAUUAGACAGGUCUUAAAACUUGAUAUUCAGGUUCAAGAAUUAGCCAAGGAUCUCUUCCAACAUAAAUCCUUACUUAUUAUGGGGCGCGGUUAUAACUUUGCCACUUGUCUGGAAGGAGCACUGAAAGUAAAAGAAUUGACAUAUAUGCAUAGUGAGGGUAUCAUGGCGGGAGAACUUAAGCAUGGCCCAUUAGCACUCAUUGAUGAUCGCAUGCCAGUUAUGAUGAUAGUUUUGCGAGAUCCGGUUUAUAUCAAAUGUAUCAACGCCUUACAACAAGUAACGUCACGUAAGGGCUGCCCAAUAAUUAUCUGCGAGGAAGGCGAUGAAGAAACAAAGUCUUAUUCAUCUCGUUCUCUGGAGAUACCGCGCACAGUAGACUGUCUCCAAGGUAUUCUAACGGUCAUCCCGAUGCAAUUGCUCUCAUACCAUAUUGCCGUACUGCGUGGCUGUGAUGUUGAUUGUCCUCGUAAUUUGGCGAAGUCCGUAACCGUGGAGUGAUGAUUUCCUUCCAAUUGUUUAUAUACUUAUAUUUAAAAUAUUUACAUAUAUACAUAUGUAUAUAUGGCUGGUUUUUGUACACUUUGUACUCCACUUAUAUACGUAUAGGUACAUGUGUACAUAUAAUUAUACAUUAAUUGAUUGAUAUUAACAGUGAUUUUAUGUACAUAUAUGUAUGUAUAUGGCUCCUUGAAUAUGUUUUAUUCUGUUUUCUAUAGAGCUGGGCCUUAGGAUUUAAAACCAUAUUUACACAAUUUUAAUAAAACAAAAUUUACAAUAAUAUAAAGAACAACAUU